AUGGCGGACAAUUUGACUCCGAGGUUCAGGAGACUGAACAGUCAAACCAGAAGUUUAACAGCCCUACAGACGCAGGUGGAGGUCAGACGUCGCCGGCAGCACCUGCGAGUGCACAGGGACUGCUUCACCGGCAGCGAUGCAGUCGACGUGGUGCUCAGCCACCUCAUGCAGAACAUCUACUUUUGUGCCAGCGAGGUGACCCGCCUCAAGGCUGUCAGACUUUGCCAGGCCCUCAUGGACGCCAGAGUUUUCGAACCUGUUGGUGUGAAGCUCUUUCGGCGUGAAAAAGAGCUGACGUUCGAGGACUCUGGCUGCAGUCUUUACCGCUUUCUGGAUUGUGAUGGCCUUCCUGGGUCAGCCAAGCGCUGUGACGAUGAGGAAAAUGUGACGCCUGUGAGACACAGUGGAAAGAAAAGGAAAAGUUCCAGGUUUGACGACUUGAAGACCAUCUCCAACCCCUUGGCUCUGGGAUCUUCAGACAGAAGGGUGGAGAGAAUACUGAAAACCAUUAACCUUCAGCCAUCCAUGCCUUCUGGUCUAAAUCAUGCUGGUUUAUCCACAAACUACCUCUCAAAACAAGCGGUACAGGAAGUGUGGAAACAGCAAACUCUCCUCCAGCUGUUGCAGUUAGUGGAGGUGCCCAUGCUGGACUGCAUUCUGACCUCACCAACAAAACCUGAACCUCUUCACAUGCCUCAUCAUAGAAACCAUGACCUGGUCAUCUCCAACGCUUGCGUGGAUCGGGAGGUGUCUCAAAUUCUCAACCUUCCACAACUUGACUCGUGGCUGAUGGCGGCCACAGACUGUUUAGAGCUGUUCCCGGAUCAGGUGAUAGUGGCGACGGGAGAGCAACUUCAGGACUGUGCUGCGGAGGGGGACGAGAGUCUGACCUCCCUCAAGAAGCUGCUGUUUGACACCAUAGCCAAGUACUACAGCAGUCAGGAGAAAGCGCCCCUGCUGGCUGGACGUUACAUGGACAUCCAUGCUGGCAUUCUUCAACUUUUAGACUCCGGGAGGGCUGAGGAUGCUCUCAAAGCCUCUCAGUUGUGUCUACGGCUGUUGGAUCCCAGUGCUAGAAAUGGACUGCGCAGACUGUUGACCUUCUUAGCUGAAGCUGCAGAUCCCGAAGCCUUUCAGCUACACAAAACGAUAGAGAACAGGUCCGUGGUGAGCAGGACGUUUGUGAAAGCUGUGCUUCAGAGUAAAGAUCUGGCUCGAUCUCAGUGUGAGCAGCUGCUCCUGUUCCUAUUAGACAACCAGUCAAACUUGUUCAAGACACCAGCAUCUUUGACUGAGGCAGUGAGGACGGCCCUCCACACUUUACACCAAGGCAGAGAUCCUGAUAAUGUAGCAAUGUUUGCAUUCUGUCAGCGGAUGUCGGUGCAGCAGUUUGAAGAGCAGAGAGAGAAAACCACCUCAGAGAGCUUAAGGCAGCUUAUUGAACACAUCACGCUUAGUAACGGCCUGUCCGUCAAACAGAGGAGACGCCUCAUCAAGGACUUCCAGAAGCAUCAUCCAGCAGUGUUUCUCCAGCAUUUUCCCUCCACCUUUUAAAAACAGCACCAACAUAAUACCUGCUCACACAAGGGAAGCGUUUCUUUCUGGUACUUAUCAGAACAGCCAUAACAAGAUCAUGUCUUUAACAUGAAAUCCUCCACCAGUGUUUUGUAGAUGCCUGUUAUACGACAGAACCUGACAGUACCUCUGUUUACAAAUGAUAGUGCACAGAUUUUAUGUGUAGUCAAACAGACAGGGAAGCUUGAUGUCUGAAAUUAGCUUUUUAAGUUUGGCACUGGAGCUAUAGGGUAAGACCAGCUAACCAGUAACUACUCCAGGAGUAAAUGUGCAUAAUUACUCAUGGCAAAAAAUAAAGGUUGGCCCUUAGGUGGCACAGGGGUAAAAACACUCGCUAGAACACCAGAGCUGGGAUCUCGAAUACAUCGUAUGGAGUCUCGGCUCUGCCUGCCGGCUGGGCUGAGCAGCCGCAUGAACAACGAUUGGCCUGUUGUUCAGAUAGGGGUGGGAUAUUAAAGCCGGAUAGGGACUCUCUCUCUCAUAACUAAUACAAUUACGACCUCUGCUGGCUGAUUGAUGGCGCCUGCACAGGCGGGACGGGGAAAGAGUGCUCUCAGGGUGUGUCUCUCCGUACACAGUGCUGAUCCGCAUUGUACCCGUCAAAGUGUAGGUGAUAAGAUGCAUACGGCUGCUGCCCAUGUGUCUGAGGGGGCGUGGGUUAGCUUCGUUCUCCUCAAUCAGACCAGGGAUCGGCAUUGGUGGAGAGGAAGCAUGAUGCAAUCGGGCAAUUGGACGCGAUAAAAGGGAGAAAAAGCAUAAACAAAAUAUAUAUAUAUAUAUUGGGCCAGUGAUGGCUCAGUGGUUAAGGUACUGGACUAGUAAACAGAAGGUUGCCGGUUCAAGCCCCGCCACCACCAAGUUGCCACUGUUGGGUCCCUGAGCAAGGCCCUUAACCCUCAAUUGCUCAUUGUGUAAGUCGCUUUGGAUAAAAGCGUCUGCUAAAUGCUGAAAAUGUAAAUGUAAAUGUAAAAUGUAAAUAUAUAUAUAA